GUAAUGCAGAAAAUUACCAACAACAACAACCCCGGCAUCGUUUGACAGGAGAGAGUAACAGAGGAUACUUUUCUUAAUUUCUGUCGAAAGUCAAAGAGCAUCACCACCUGAGAAGUCCGUGACAAUGUCCACUACAGAUAAACCUCGUGUUGAGCGAAGAGGCAGUCUUUUGAAAAAAAGCAGCAACUUAGACCGACCAAAGGUCUCAAAUGUCGACGUCGAGGUGGACGAUGAUGACGGACAUCACAUGAAAGGCUCAACAGUUUGGAAGCCUAAAACAAAGUUGGCCUGUACUUACCGAAUGGGACCCAUGCGUAAGUUUCUGCCACAUGUGGUGAAAAGUAAAGCUCAGAAGAUUCUCGACAAAGCUUUAACUAACCUGACUUAUGACCACGAUAACUGCCGAGAAGUGGCUGAUAAAGUAUCCACGGACAUCAAGGCUUUUCUAAAGGAGCAAGUGUUCGACCGAUACCGGUAUGUGGUCAGGGUGAUAAUUGGCGAAAAGAAAGGACAAGCUGUAAAGGUCGUGGGUCGUGCUCUCUGGGAUCAAGAAAAAGACAAUUUCCUGACUGUCACUCACGAAAACCGUCAUUUGUACGCUGUGGCUAUGAUGUUUGCAGUGUAUUUCGAAUGACAGUAAAACUGGAACAUGACACAUGUUUAAAUAUUCGUUUGUGUACGAAUUUUACGAAUUAAAACUAAUGCUAUUUUGAUCA